AUGGAAACGGAACGUUUUGUUGGUUUACCCUCUUGUUCUGAUAUCACGUGGGACGUGGAAUAUUCGAAUGGCACUCAAUCUAUGUGUCUUGAUUUCUUCUACGAGGAAGACGAAGUGGAGAAAAAAGGGAAACUCUGCUGUUGCCGUGGACAACAUAAAUGCAAUGAGAAGUUUUUGUGGGGUGAUGAAUCGAUUUCAGAAGUGAGUCAUUCUAUUGAUUCUACUGUACAUUUUGUUGUAGCAGAUAACCGCACCAGGUCGAAAUUGAGAUAA